CGAAAUAAGUCUGAGAAGAAGCGUCGGGACCAGUUCAAUGUGCUCAUCAAAGAACUUAGCUCCAUGCUCCCUGGCAACACACGGAAAAUGGACAAAACCACUGUGCUGGAGAAGGUUAUCGGAUUUUUGCAGAAACAUAAUGAAGUCUCAGCACAAACAGAAAUCUGUGACAUUCAGCAAGACUGGAAACCUUCAUUCCUCAGUAAUGAAGAAUUCACUCAGCUGAUGUUGGAGGCAUUAGAUGGUUUCAUCAUUGCAGUGACGACGGACGGCAGCAUCCUCUAUGUUUCUGACAGUAUCACACCUCUCCUUGGGCAUUUACCGUCGGACGUCAUGGAUCAGAAUUUGUUAAAUUUCCUUCCAGAACAAGAACAUUCAGAAGUUUAUAAAAUGCUUUCUUCCCAUAUGCUUGUGAACGAUUCCCCUUCCCCAGAAUACUUAAAAUCUGACAACGAUUUAGAGUUUUAUUGCCAUCUUCUCAGAGGCAGCUUGAACCCAAAGGAAUUUCCAACUUAUGAAUACAUAAAAUUUGUAGGAAAUUUUCGCUCUUACAACAAUGUGCCUAACCCCUCCUGUAACGGCUUUGACAGCGCCCUCUCAAGGCCUUGCCGGGUGCCACUAGGAAAAGAGGUUUGCUUCAUCGCCACCGUUCGUCUGGCAACACCACAGUUCCUAAAGGAAAUGUGCAUAGUUGACGAGCCUUUAGAAGAAUUCACUUCAAGGCAUAGCUUGGAAUGGAAAUUUUUAUUUCUGGAUCACAGAGCCCCUCCAAUCAUAGGGUACCUGCCCUUUGAAGUUUUGGGGACCUCAGGCUAUGACUACUACCACAUUGAUGACCUGGAGCUCCUGGCACGCUGCCACCAGCACUUAAUGCAGUUUGGCAAAGGGAAGUCAUGUUGCUACCGGUUUCUGACCAAAGGCCAGCAGUGGAUCUGGCUGCAGACCCACUACUACAUCACUUACCACCAGUGGAACUCCAAGCCUGAGUUCAUCGUGUGCACGCACUCCGUAGUCAGUUACGCAGAUGUUCGGGUGGAAAGGAGGCAGGAGCUGGCCUUGGAAGACCCGCCAUCUGAAGCCAUCCACCCUUCAGUGCUAAAGGACAAAGGCUCAACUCUGGAACCCCAGCAGCACUUUAAUGCACUUGACAUGGGCACCUCGGGCCUUAACACCAGUCACUCACCGUCCCCAUCCUCAAGAAGUUCCCACAAAUCCUCGCACACUGCCCUGUCAGAGCCUGCCUCCACCCCAGGCGAGCUGAUAGCUGAGGCCAGUGCCACUGCUUUGCCAAGAUCAGCCACCCUGCGCCAAGAGCUCCCUGUGCCAGGGCUCAGCCAGACGACUACAGUGCAGGCCCCACCGUCCUGUGACCUCACGCAGCAGCUCCUGCCUCAGACCAUCUUGCAGAGUCCACCUACCCCCAUGGCACAGUUUUCAGCACAGUUCAGCAUGUUCCAGACCAUCAAAGACCAGCUGGAGCAGCGGACGCGUGUGCUGCAGGCCAACAUCCGGUGGCAGCAGGAGGAGCUCCACAAGAUCCAGGAGCAGCUCUGCCUGGUCCAGGACUCCAACGUCCAGAUGUUUCUGCAGCAGCCAGCAGUGUCCCUGAGUUUCAGCAGUGCCCCGCGGCCUGAGGCCCAGCAACAGCUCCCCCAGAGGUCAGCCUCGGCAGCCCAGCCACCGCUCUCGGCCAGCCCGCAACUUCCAGGACAGAUCACUUCUGCCCAAGCCACAAACCAGCACCUGCUCAGAGACUCAAGCGUGAUAUCAACCCAGGGUCUGAAGCCAAUGAGAAGCUCACAGCUGAUGCAGGGAAGCAGCCAGCUGACGUCCCCAUUCAGCAGCACCUCAGCAGUGCUCCCAACCAUGAGCCUGACCACGCCUGUGUCCACCACCCAGGAUGCCAGCCAGUGCCAGCCUGGCCCAGACUUCAGCCAUGACCGGCAGCUCAGGCUGUUGCUGAGCCAGCCCAUCCAGCCCAUGAUGCCGGAGUCCUGUGAUGCGAGGCAGCAUGCAGAGGUUGGCCGGACCGGACGGCAAGCCAAGUAUCCACAGAGUCAAGCUGUGUUUCAAAAUCCAGAUGUGCAUACCACCAGCAGCAGCGCCUCAACCCCCAUCCUAUUAAUGGGCCAGGCAGUGCUUCACCCCAGCUUCCCCACCUCCCAGACAUCGCCCCUGCAGCCCGCGCAGGCCCAGCAACAGCAGCCACAGCACUUCCUGCAGGUGGGCACUUCCUGCCAGUGGGCACUUUCUGCAGGUACAAGCACCAACCUCUUUGCACAGUGAGCAGCAGGACUCGAUACUUCUCUCCACCUACCCGCAACAGCCAGGGACCCUGGGCUACCCCCUGUCCCAGACCCAGCCACCA